AUGCUCAUCGAUAUCGCCUUCAACAUCACACAUUACAAGGAGAACGAGUACGAUAGCAUAAUACAGCACUGCAUGCACAACAAUACCAUGCCUAUUUUCGUAGGUACAAACGUGGAUACCUCAAGAGAAUGUUUACGGCUUGCAAAAAAAUACCAUACUAUGUGCUAUUCGGGUAUACACCCAACUGAAAGCGGGCGUUACGGUGAUGUAUCUGAACUGAUUAUUGAUGACAGUUCAAUUCUGGCACUGGGGGAGUGUGGAUUGGAUUAUGAUCGGCUGAUGUAUGCGUCUAAACAUGAACAGCAGGCAGUUUUUAGGAAAAUGUUGGCAGCAACACACACCAACUAUUUCUUUCAUUCAAGAAAUGCUCAUAACGAUUUUCUUGAAAUCGUAAAGGAACGUAAAAGUGCGAUAAACGGUGUUGUGCACUCCUUUACGGGCACAAAGGAUGAAAUAGUACAACUUUUAGACCAUAACCUGUACAUUGGUAUAAACGGUUGUUCUUUGAAGACCAAAACAGAUAUUUUUGAUGUUUUGCCGCUAAACAGAUUGCUAUUGGAGACCGAUGCUCCGUUUUGCUGUGUGCGAAAGAGCUACUACUAUUGGAACGAGAAGGUACCUAAGGUUAAGAAGUACAGGGCAGGUGAUGUAAAAAUUAUUUAUGAAUUGGUGAGUGAUAUUUAUGGGAUAGGAUGUGAUGAGAUGGAAAGAAUAGUUGAGGACAAUUUUGUACGUGUUUACGGAGACAGAGCACGGAAAGGAAUGCAGGAAUGGAGUGCCUACAUGAAACAUACCAGCAAUGGCCAUGGUGAUGAGCUUUAG